AUGGGCCCGGUUCGCCGUCCAUCGCCGAACCCUCAGCUACGAAAUGUGUCGCACAGGUACAAGGAGUUGAAGAAGCUGCUGAAGCCCCUCUCUUCCGAGCAGUCUCAAGAAAAUGGCGGACCGGAAGCUGGGGAGCAGGCACUCGGUCCCGCUGCCGAGCAUGACGAGGAGGUGUUCUUCAGCACCUUACGGGCUCAGAUGAAGGUGGUGGACAGGCAGUUCCAGAAGCAAGCCUGGGCCACCAUCACCGCUUUCGAGCGCUCCCAGUUCCGCAACCCCGCCCUCUGCUUCCUCUGCGUGUUUCGAUGGAGGACUGCUGACAAGAACUCCCGGCUGGCUCAGCAGGCCUAUUGGUGCAUGAAAUUCGCCAAGGCCAACGCCGUAGCGCUGCGGAAGAUCCUCAAGAAACACGACAAGGACUGGCUGUAUGAGCAGGGCCCCAAGCCCGCGGACACUCCGGAGGACGAGGCCGACCUGGCCUGCCCCAUCUGCCUGGAGGUGAUGUACAAGCCGGUGGGGCUGGUGUGCGGGCACAAGUUCUGCAAGCGCUGCGUGCUGGAGGCCGCGGGGUUCGGGCGCGCCAUGGGCACCUUCUCCUCCAUCGUCAGCCACGUGCCGCGGCGCAGCGUCUGCCCCGAGUGCCGCCAGCCCGACGUCUACCGCGGCGCGGUGUCGCUGCGCGAGGUGGGCAAGCUCAUCGCGGCGCGGCACCCGCAGGCGUGGGCCGAGCGCAGGCGCGAGGACCGCGAGCGCGAGCGCGCCGCUGCCGACCGAAUGCUCAACGAGACCAUGGACUCGUACCGGCCCGUCCUCCGCGCCUCCAGCGUCUACGAGCUCCUCUUCUGA